AUGCCGCAGAUAUCACAACUAGGAUCAGUCGGAUACGAACUCGAGUCACACGAUUGCACUGAUUUGUGGGACCGAGGCCUGCCGAGUGGCGUUUACUCCGUGACACCACUUGAUGGCGGAGAGCCAAUCAGCGUCUUCUGUGAAAUGACAGCGGACUCAGGCUGGCUGAUAAUACAAAGGAGAGUGGACGGAUCUGAGAAUUUCACAAAGAAUUGGGAUACUUACAAAGCAGGAUUUGGAGAUCUAACUAAUGAGUUUUGGCUCGGAAACACUAACAUCCACCGACUAACCAGCCAGAAGACUCACGAGCUGAUGGUAGAUCUGGGACGGUUCAAUGGGGAGAUUCGUCACGCAGCUUACAGCUCGUUCUCUGUGGGUUCAGAGUCUGAUAAAUUCAGACUUCACGUUUCAGGCUACUCUGGCAAUGCCGGAGACAGCUUUUCAUACCACAACAAUAGAUUCUUUUCCACGAAUGACCACGACAAUGAUGGGUAUCCCAAUUGGAACUGUGCUAUGAACACCAUGGGAGGCUGGUGGUUCCGUGCGUGUCACAAAUCCAACCUAAAUGGUAUCUGGUACAACUCAGAAACUAGGUCAACGUACGGGUUGGGGAUCGUCUGGUUCGAUCACUGGAUCAAUGCAUACUCCAGUUUGAAGACAUCAGUCAUAAAGAUUAGACCAGUAAACGACACACUUCUACCAUGA